GUUCUACGUUCUACGCACGAUCAUGAUCAGCAAUAGGCAUAUCAUUCAUACGAGCACGUCGCCAUGCAGUAGAGACUGCUAACUCUAAAUAAUGGUUAUAGUUUUGCUAUUUUAAAUAGUCAUUUUAAUUAUCAAAGACCGACAUUAAAAUUAACUGUUAACUUUUGUUUUGUAGUUUACCCUUUUAAUAUUUUUUUUAUCGGUUAUAUGCGAAAGGUUAUACAUUAAUGUAUGAAAGUUACAUUAACCUAGUUUUCCUACCAACUGAAGCUAUUCAGAGUUCAAACAAAGUAAUUAAACCGUAUCGCGGGGAAAAAAGAGAAGCGUCCUCCGGAAAUGUUAUAAAGUCUUCUUGAAGAAAAUAAGGAUAAUCGAGAAGAACAAGAAACUUAUAUUAAACCACACAUUUUCGAUUUUUUUUUCACUGUUUUCAUUUUUCUACAUAACUAUAUCAGAGUCAUACAUUUGAUAGUUAACAUUGUAACGAUUUUUUUAUAACCUGAACAAAAUUAAAAAUUGAAUCAACAUGUCAGCUGCUAUGCCAAUAAAUCCCAAACCUUUCCUUAAUAGCCUUACAGGAAAAGCUGUGCUUGUUAAGUUAAAGUGGGGCCAUGAAUACAAAGGAUAUUUGGUGUCAGUGGAUGGCUACAUGAAUCUCCAGCUUGCUAACUGCCAAGAAUAUAUAGACGGAGAUGUCACAGGUAAUUUAGGAGAAGUUUUAAUCAGAUGUAACAAUGUGUUAUUUAUAAGAGGAGCCGAAGAGGAAGAUGAAGAAGGUGAAACACGAGACUAGCUUAAUAUCUUAGUUUUAAAUGUUUUAUGAUUAAUUAAAUAAAUAAAAGACUUCCUCAUAUCUACCAAAA